AAUCAAAAUCUUGAAAAGACUGAGGCGUGCAGCAGCGGACAGCAGAUGGACCCCGUGGCCAGCAGCUGCAUGAGGACCCCCCACCCCCCGGCCCCGGUCUGGGGCUGCCUUCGAAAUCCCCACUCUGAAGGCGGUGGGGCCCCAGGGCUGCCCCAAUACCCCCCGACGCCGUUCUCCUUCCACCAGAAGCCAGACUUCCCGGCAACAGCGACGGCAGCGUACCCCGACUUCUCGGCCUCCUGCCUGGCGGCCACCCCGCACAGCCUUCCCCGGGAGGAGCGCGUCUUCACCGAGCAGCACCCCGCUUUUCCGCAGCCCCCCGACUGGCACUACCCUGUCUCAGAGGCCAGGCGCAGGCUCAACCCGGGCCCAGCUGGGGGCUCCAGGGACAUGGGGGCCAGCAGCCCAGGCCUGGUGGACACCACGGGAGGCCCAGGCGAGGACUACGACAUCCCGGGGAGCACCGCCAACACGGCCGAGAAGAAGUCGACCAGAAGGAAGAAGGAGAGCUCAGACAACCAGGAGAGCCGAGGGAAGGCUGAUGGCAGCAACAAGGCUCGAAAGGAGAGGACAGCCUUCACCAAGGAGCAGCUCCGGGAGCUCGAGGCCGAGUUUGCUCACCAUAACUACCUGACCCGGCUCCGGAGAUACGAGAUCGCUGUGAACCUGGACCUCUCGGAGCGGCAGGUCAAAGUGUGGUUCCAGAACCGAAGGAUGAAGUGGAAGCGUGUGAAAGGGGGUCAGCCAAUCUCCCCCAACGGGCAGGACCCAGAGGACGGAGACUCUGCCGCCUCUCCAAGUUCAGAGUGAGAUUCUCCAUGGAAGAACAAAAGACUGAGGACUGAACCCCCUACCCAACUCCCUUCACCCCAGUCUUCACCCCAACCCCACCUUCACCUCCACCCACCCACCCCAGGGCAACCUCUCCACGUGUUGCAGUGACUCUUAAACAUGAAGCUGUCCACCAUUUCUGGGAGCCUUGAAGUUUCCCAGAAAGUCCUAGCCAGUUUUGCUCUGCCUUAGCAGCCCCUUCCCUAAGACCGUCGCUUCCCACAUUUCUUUCGGAAUCAAACGGCGGCCUGACUAGACCGGACCUGAGCGACUCUGGGGAACAGCUCUGGGCACACCACCGCUCAGGGUAUCUCGGCUGCCGCCUACACCUCCCGCUGCCACCUUCCUCCACACCAGCCAGACCUCCUCCAGAUCUGGACUCCCCCUGGUCUGCUGGCAGAGGAGCCCUGGGACCAACUAGUGACCCGUGAAAGCAAAUGUUCCAAAAACAAGGAAACGACUAGGACACACACACACACACACCCUGGACCGCCCUUCCUUUCUGGGUUCCAUAGCUGAGACUUUGGGAAUCUGUCCCCAAACCCCACGGAGAAUCAGUGUGAAGAGGGUUGAAGACAGACACUCAGCCCUUGUCUCCCAAACCUGUUGCCUGGGUGGGCAAGUUUACGACACUGGCUGGAAGCAAACUGUCGGAAAACCAGCCUGGCGUGGGUGGUGCCUGUGCAAGCCGGUCCGCACGGACUUGACUGGGUGGCUGAGAACAGACCCAGGACAACGCUUCCUCAGAGUCCUUGCAGGGAUGUGGCUGGGACCGCUGAGCAGCCAUUUCUUUUCAAUCCCAGAUGAAAACCUACCCAGAUGCUCACGUUAUUGAGUCGAGGGCUGGAAAGUGUGUUCUGAGCACGCAGGGAUCACACUAGGGCCACUGAGUGAGGACCUAGAAGUUCGGAUCCCUGGAGUGGAAGUACCCUGUGCUUUCAAAGGACACCGUCUGCAAACGGGAACCAAAACACAAUCCCCCUUUCUCCAUGGGAUGGAUCCGAGCCCUUCCGACCUGUCCCACAGUCACUGUCGUUAAGGGAGGAGCUGCUAAGUUUACAUACGGGGACCGCCCAGAUCUUCUGGAAUGACCCUCCGGGGACUGAUGGCCAAACAGCCUGGGGUCACUGGAGCCUUGGAGAGAGACCUCAGCCUGCCUUGUACUCUGCCUCCCAACACCAGCUGGUGUUGCAGAGGGAGGUCAGCAAGAGUUUGGGGCUCUUGUGUGUAGAUUUAAUCACUCACAUAAAAAAAGAACCCCACCUCCCCAUCCUGCAAGGACAAACGCUGGGGAAAAUGAUUGCCAAAUGAGAUGGCUGGUUAGAGCAUGGGUAAUUUUUUUCUAAAGCAUAUUUCAUAUAUUUUCUUAAGAUGACAUCAAGUUAACUGUGCAAGGUUAAUUCACUUAGUAAGAAACUCUUGGAGAAAUAAGUCAAUAAAAAAGCCAAGUUCCCAGGCCUUUCUCCUUGCAGAGCUGAGAACCACACUCUCUCUCUACGUGCAACCCUGUGAUGCUCGUGUGGUGAUCGCCCCAACAAGGUUGAGAAACAAAGAAAAAGGGGAAGAAAUCACUUAGACCAAGGUACCCCCUCCUUAGGGUCUUCAAAAUGUGGAGGUGCAAAUAUAAUGCUUGUAAAAAGAAAUGUUCUUCUGUGCAACCUCAUCGUCUUCAUUUCUCCUUGUAAAAUUUUUAGCUGUCCGUUUCCCUGACCUAUGGCUUAUCAAAUAAUUGAAGUUCUAUAAACAAAAGAUGGAUUCUUUUGUUAAUAAAGGAAUCUUGACCACA